AUGAUCGACAGCUACGGCGGACUCGUACUCGGCAUCGCAGCCCUCAACGGGCUUCUCCUCGGUUCCGAAUUCUUCGUGAUGGAAACCAGUGUAAUGCGCGGGGUCGCUCGUCUCCGCGACAUCGCUUUCAGCCGUGUUCUCAGCCAGGACAAGAGCUGCUUUGAUCGACCCGAGCUUACUCAAGUGGUCGUGAUGAUGCGCACGAGUUUGAUGGCUAUGUGCGAUCUGCGCAAUAAGAGGUCUCGGGACGAAGUUGCAAGGGUGUACUACGAGUUUCUCACCGUCCGUGGGAUUCGUCACCAUUCGUGCAAUGUCUGUUCGUCAGGCUCAAUUCGACAAGGGACUUCACAGUGCUUUUCCACUGGUGUACGCGGUGCAUUCGUCGAGGGGUGUUCUUAUGGCGUCGCCAGCGCUCUUAUCUACUUGGCGGAGAGGUUUCUUGUCUACGUCGGCGCUGUGCUUAUCGCCAAGGGCACUUACACAUACCUCCAGAUGUGCCAAGUCCUCAACCUCCUCGUUUUCACCGACUCCGUCGGCUCGCAACUCAUGUCUUUUACUCAACGCAUCGCCAAGUCCGUUCUCGGAACAAAUGAGACUAAAUGGGUGUGA